UUGCGUUUCCAAGACGAUAACUAUUAAAUCGCGAAACUGACUGAAAGUAGUCACUCACGUCUUUACGUUCACUGAAACAAUUCGCCGCGAAAAACGGGAAAUACCGAUGGAGAUGUUGGACAAGCACAAGAAAACUGCGAGGAAACAAUUCGAAAUCUAUCUGCAGUAUAUCCGAAGGUACGCCAUUCUGAAAAUGGGCUGGGCCGUUCAAAGGGAGUACACGAGCGAGCUGAGCAACAUUUGGCACGAUAUGACAAUGAAACUUAACGACUGCGAAGGGCCGAUUAGGGAUACUUCACACUGGAAAAAAGUGUUUACCGAAUGGAAAUCUCACACUAGAAGGAAGUUGAAAUAUAAUAGAACUUUAAAUGAUAUUGAGAAAGAAUUGAUUGAUAUUACUGGUUUAACAGGGAUUCCAGAUAAGAGAAGAUCGAAAUUAGAUAGAUCCAAAAGGAACUCUGUCCAGGAAAACCAGAAGUCGGCAGAUAGAGAGAACGAUAGAAACGUUUCAAACACCAACAUAACCAUAAAGCAAGAGACUCCCGAUGGGUGGAGCGAUACAACAGGCACGAGCGUAAUAGAAGGCGAAGUAAUUGACAGUGGUAGCGACAAGGUUGAUCUGAAGACGGAGCAAAAAAUCGUUAGCGAGGAAAAGCGCGACGUAAAUAAAAAGCAAAUUGCCAAAAGAGAGAAUCAGAAUCACGUCGCCGUUGCCACCACCACCGAAAAGUGCCAGAGGGGGAGAAUCCGGAAAGUUGUUAUUGUGGAGCGACCGCACCAGCAGCAAUCGGAAAAAAAUCAGACGGUGCCGAUGUCUCCGAGGGAGUUCGAUCAGCAGAGAGUUGUUAUUACGACGGCGAUGAAUUCACCGCAUGGCUAUGCAAGUCCAAUUCCAUCCAGGAGAGAGGUGGGAAUUCAAGCAACCGAAACUAGUUCUGGCAAUUUCAAUGAAAGGAACUUGCUGAACAUUGCAAAACUCGAUAAUGCACUGAAUAAUUUAUCAAACGCCAUUAAUAGAUAUUGCGAUAUUGUUACAAGAUUACCCUUCUAAGGUUUGCUUCGUUUGUUAAUCCUGUUCUUGUACUUUAUUGUUAUUAAGUUAAUAAUUCAUUCAGUUUAC